AUGGAUCUGGUGUACCAUGAUAACUCUCUAUCGCUCGUCGCUAACGAGGAGUGUGGAAUAAGAUCCUGCAGGCCUCCAAGAAUUGAAGAAUUCCCUCCUGAUCUGUUCAACCAGGAGCAGAGAUUUUACGGUGGAGUUACGUUUCAUCUUCUAGUUUGCCUCCAUAUCUUUUGCGCUUUGACUGUUGUCUGCGACGACUACUUCGUGGCAUCGCUGAACCGAAUCACCAAAUGUUUGGGUCUUAAACCAGAUGUGGCCGGUGCUACCUUCAUGGCUGUGGGAAGCUCCGCACCGACACUCUUUAUCUCAAUAAUAUCGACAUUUUUCACAGAAGGAGACAUCGGCCUCGGAACAAUAGUUGGCUCGACUAUAUUCAACACACUUUUCAUCAUAGCCUUGUGUGGUAUUGGCGCUGGUUUGACGAUGCGUUUGAAAUGGUAUCCGCUUUUUAGAGAUUCUACCAUGUAUGUAAUUAGCGUGAUCAUCUUGAUGAUUUCGAUUUACGAUCGGAAAGUUCAUUGGUAUGAAAGCGCCGCGUUUUUCAUCUCAUACUCUGUUUACAUUAUUGUGAUGUAUUUCAACUCAAAUAUUGAGGAAUGGUCCAUGAAACUGAAAGAUCGGAUAAUAAAACCCAACGCCGAAGCAGAUUCUGAAGUUGAUGAGAAAGGUCAAGAUACUGAAGCUGAAACUUUAGAAAAUAAUUCCUCCCACGAGGAAGAAAAUCGUUUUAAAACACCAAAAGGAUUUUUCUCAAGGAUAGUUUGGAUUUUCACUUUACCUUCCAUAGUUUUAUUUUAUAUAACAAUUCCAGAUUGCCGUAAGAAGGAAUGGCGAAAAUUUUACCUGGUAACGUUCACAGUUUCGGCCUUCUGGAUGGGUGGGUUAUCGUACAUUUUAGUCUGGAUGGUUUCCCUUGUGGGAUUCACUUACAAUAUUCCAGAAUGCGUCAUGGGCAUGACAUUCCUUGCUGCGGGCAGCAGUCUCCCAGACGCCAUCGCUAGCUUGGUGGUCGCUAAACAAGGAAGCGGAGAUAUGGCUGUAUCAAAUUGUAUUGGCAGCAAUGUUUUCGACAUGUUAUGCCUUGGAAUUCCAUGGAUGAUCAAAACUACUAUAAUCACUCCGAGCAGUGUAGUUCACAUUCAAAGCGAGAACAUAUUUUUUACUUCAGGGAUUUUGAUAGCUAGUAUCAUUUGUACAGUGUUACUGAUAGCUCUUAACAAAUGGCGGUUAGACGAGAAACUAGGCGUUAUUUUUCUUGUUAUGUAUUUGAUUUUUCUUGGUAUUGCUACAUUUAUCGAAGUGCUGCCUUGUUGCUGAGCGCGGAAAAACGGGUUUUGAAAUAACCCAUGCUAGCA